AUGGCUCCGGCUCCCAUUUCUCCGUCGAUUACUGACUUUGUCGUCCAAACAAAGCAGGAUAAUCAUGGACUUGAAAUCCCCCCCGCAACGAUUGAACGUCUAACCAAGGCCGGCAUUGAUCUAUCGCAUGGAUAUCCAUAUAACCCCGCCAAACCCCUCUAUCUCGACGACGUAUACAAAAUCCGUAGCGAGCCGUGGGAACAUGUGGACGCUGGUAGUCGCGCUGACCCCGAUAAGAAGGCGUUGUUAGGCGCUGCCAAAGAAGUCAUCCAUUUGACACGCCAUAUUGGAACUGAAAUUGUCGGAUUGCAGCUCAAAGAUUUGACGAAUCAGCAGCGAGAUGAGUUGGCUCUACUUAUCGCUGAACGCAGCGUUGUGUUUUUUAGAGACCAGGAUCUGUCUCCGCAGCAGCAGAAAGCGUUGGGUGAAUACUAUGGUGAAGUUGAAGUCCACCCACAAGUAGGACAAGUGCCGGGUGUCCCUGGAGUGACAGUCCUCUGGCCGGCCCUUCAAGCCGUCGAGCGCGAACCAAACUUCCGCAAAACGGGAGGUGCAUCGUCGUGGCACAGCGAUCUGGUCCACGAAAGCCAGCCUGCUGGUAUCACGCACCUCCACAACGACACCAUCCCCAGCGUCGGUGGUGACACACUCUGGGCAAGCGGGUAUUCUGCAUACGAGAAGCUAUCUCCCUCGUUCCGAAAGUUCAUCGACGGCAAAACAGCCAUUUAUCGCUCUGCCCACACUUAUCUAGAUCGCGAAAACCCGCACGCCGGACCUCAGUUCGUCGAGCGAGAACACCCGUUGGUACGUACGCACCCAGCUACCGGCUGGAAGGCUCUGUGGGUGAACCGGAGUAUGACGGUCAGAAUCGUGGGUCUUGACAAGGCCGAAAGCGACUUGAUUCUUGGUUAUCUGUAUGAUGUGUAUGAGCGUAACCCAGACAUCCAGGUGCGAUUCAAAUGGAGCCCGAGAACGAGUGCAUUGUGGGAUAACCGUAUCACGAUCCACAACGCAAGCUGGGAUUAUGAAGGCCUCGAACCGAGGCAUGGCACCAGGGUGACAGCAUUGGCAGAAAAGCCUUAUUAUGACCCCAAAUCGCCGACCAGACGACAGGCCUUGGGAUUGCUGGGGCCUUCGGAGAUUAAAGAGCUGGAACAGUAUGCUUAA